AUGGAUAAUGAUGGUUGGACUGCAUUACACCGUGCUGCUAAGAAUGGUCAUACUGACGUCAUCGAAUAUCUGAUCUGUAAGGGAGCUGAGGUUAAUAAGGAGGAUAAUUAUGGUUUCACUGCAUUACACCGUGCUGCUAACAAUGGUCAUAUUGACGUCAUCAAAUAUCUGAUCAGUGAGGGAGCUGAGUUCAAUAAGGUGGAUAAUGAUGGUUUGACUGCAUUACACCAUGCUGCUAACAAUGGUCAUAUUGACGUCAUCAAAUAUCUGAUCAGUGGGGGAGCUGAGGUCAAUAAGGUGGAUAAUGAUGGUUUAACUGCAUUACACCGUGCUGUUUGGAAUGGUCAUAUUGACGUCAUCAAAUAUCUGUUCAGUGAGGGAGCUGAGGUCAAUAAGGAGGAUAAUGAUGGUUUGACUGCAUUACACCAUGCUGCUAACAUUGGUCAUAUUGACGUCAUAUAUCUGAUCAGUGAGAAAGCUGAUAUCAAUAAGGUGGAUAAUGAUGGUCAGACUGCAUUACACCAUGCUGCUAACAAUGGUCAUAUUGACAUCAGCAAAUAUCUGAUCAAUGGGGGAGCUGAGGUCAAUAAGGAGGAUAAUAAUGGUGAGACUGCAUUGCACAUUGCUGCUAAGAAUGGUCGUAUUGACUUCAUCAAAUAUCUGAUCAGUGAGGGAGGUGAGGUCAAUAAGGAGGAUAACGAUGAGCGAACUGCAUUACACAAUGCUGCUGAGAAUGGUAAUAUUCACGUCGUCAAACAUUUGAUCAGUCAACGAUGUGAUGUCAAUAAGGGCGACAAGGAAGGGACAACUGCCUUACAUAUCGCCGUUCAGAAUGGUUACACUGAGGUUGUUAAAGUCCUACUUACGGGUGGAGCGCGAUGUGAUACAGAAGACAUUCACGGCCAGACACCCUUACACCAAACCAUAACCCUCGGGUACAGAGAUAUUGCUGAUGUUCUAGUUGACAACAGGGAUGCUAAGAGUGAUUCAGUGGCCAUCCAUCUAGCUGUGAUGCACGGACAUACAUCCAUCAUUGAGAGGAUGAUUGCUAAACGAUCUGAUAUCAAUGUACAGUCUAAUGACGGUCAGACAUGUCUUCAUAAAGCUAUCAAAUUAUGCUACCAAAGGAAAAGGAAUGUUGAAGACACCGAAACACUCAGAAAGGUAUCCGAAGAAUACUACAGUGGCAGGUUAUCUCCUGAAAAGGCAUUGGUGUUCUAUCUCUUAGAAAAUAGAGCCAGGAUUGAUAUCAAGGAUGAAGCAGGUUGCCUACCAAUCCACUAUGCAAAUGAUGAAAUGAUCAGACAGAUGAUAUUGGCAAGAUCACCUUCCUUGGAUGGUGUACAGUCUACUAGAGAUCGGCCAUCGAACUCUAACGUUGCCACUGUCAAAGUCAUCAGAAAUUCCAGUCAAGAAAUCAAUCUAGAAGACCAUGGAAUAUCAAUGUACCUUCCUCCUGGAGCGGUUCCACCUGAUGUUUCUUGUCAGAUCACCCUAUCCAUCAUUAGAGAAAAUACCUGUGUAAUCACUGAAGGUGAAUCAAUGGCCUGCUAUGGGAUCAAGUGUGACCCUCAACCCUUGAUCUUCAACCAACCUGUUAAGAUCACUAUACCACACUCUUCUUUGGUCGUCAAUCCAGAGCAAGUAAAACCAGACAUCGUUUGUCGUGUGUGGGACUCAAUCAAGGAUCUACCAAAAACGCUAAGGAAGCAAUCAUCCAGCUCACCAGACACACCACCAUACUGCAGACUUUACGAAAGACAUCUUGAGCUGUACAUUGGCCACUGUGCAGAGUGGUGGGUUCUGAUUCCUCUUGAACAACAGGUGAUCCGACAGCAACUUAUUUGUACUCCAUACGUCCCAGACAGGAUCGAAAGAGGACAAGAGUUUGCAGUUAAUCUUCAGUUGUGUAACGACCUACCUGGAAACGAAGCGGCAACACAAGAGGAGUCGAGACAACAAUCUUACCACAGAUGUCAUCGCUCGGUCCCUUUCAAUGUUGAAACAAAGGCUGGUGACGUCACAAUCACGUGUCAUCGUGAGGGAGGAGAUAUUGAGAGCCAGGGGCUAGGCACGCCGUGUUUUAUAUUAUCGGUGGUAGACGAGAGGUUGGGUUACUUCCCGAAGUCGGAAGAUAAAUUUGUGUAG